GGCCGCCGACUUCCGGCGUGGAAGCGUGACGCCACGCCGCGGCGGGCUUCGAUGACGCUAAGCGGCGUCGCGCCGGGCGGGAAAGUCGAAAGCGAGGGGCAGAGACGGGCAGUUGGUGGGUGAGUGGCGUCGCGCCCCUGGCCUACGGUCCAGGCCCUAGCCUUGCUCGACCUGUGUCUCGCAGCCCCGCGGCCCAGCCACGGUGUCCUCGUCGGACUGUCGCGGGAUAGCCCUCUCAGGAAAUAAUUUUAAGUACAGAAGACUUUGGUCAAAAAUGGUUUCCAAAAGAAGACUGUCAAAAUCUGAGGAUAAAGAAACUCUGCCAGAAGAUGCCUCAAAAGCCAUGAAACAUCCACUUUCCAAAAUGGCAAAGAAAUCCCAUGAUCCUAACAAAGUUGAAGAGAAUGACAGUGUCUUCUUAAGGUUUCUUAAGACAUCCGGACUCACCCUUAAAACUGGGAAGAAUCAAAAUCAGCUUGGUGUGGAUCAAAUAGUUUUCCAGAGGAAGCUCUUUCAGACACUGAAGAAACAUCCUACUUAUCCAAAGGUAAUAGAAGAAUUUGUUAAUGGCCUGGAGUCUUACAUUGAGGACUGUGACAGUUUCAGGAACUGCCUGUUGUCUUGUGAACACCUGCAGGAUGAGGAGGCCAGCAUGGGCACAUUUUACUCUAAAAGUCUCAUCAAACUACUUCUGGGGAUUGACAUCUUGCAGCCUGCCAUUAUCAAAAUCUUAUUUGAAAAGGUACCACAAUUUCUUUUUGAAAACACAAACAGUGAUGGAAUCAAUAUGUCUCUACUUAUUAUCAAUCAACUAAAAUGGCUUGAUAGAAUUGUGGACAGCAAGGACCUCACCACUCAGAUGAUGCAGUUGAUCAGUGUUGCUCCAGUAAACCUGCAGCAUGACUUCAUCACCAGUCUUCCUGAGAUCUUAGGGGAUUCUCAGCAUGCUGACGUGGGGAAAGAACUGAGUGACCUGCUGAUGAAGAAUACUUCACUAACCGUCCCAAUUUUAGAUGUCCUUUCCAGCCUCCAACUUGACUCAAGCUUCCUGUCUAAGCUCCGCCAGUUGGUGAUGGGCAAGCUGUCAUCUGUCAGACUGGAUGAUUUGCCUGUGAUAGUCAAGUUCAUUCUUCAUUCUUUAACAGCCACAAAUUCACUGGAGGUAAUUUCUGAGCUCCGGGAAAAGUUGAAUGUGCAGCAUUUUAUUUUGCCAUCAUGGGUUCAGACUUCCCAAAGCAAGAUGAAAAGUAAAGGACUAGCAAGCUCUUCAGGAAAUCAAGAAAACAAUGAUAAAGAUUGUGUUAUUCUCCUCUUUGAUGUAAUAAAGUCAGCCAUUAGAUAUGAGAAAACCAUUUCAGAAGCCUGGAUUAAGGCAAUUGAAAGCAUCAACUUAGUGGCUGAACAUAAGACUUUUGACAUGGCAAUGCUUCUCAUCAUCUAUAGCACCAACACUCAAACAAAGAAAUGUAUUGAAAAAGUGUUAAGAAACAAGAUCCAGUCAGGCUGCAUCCAAGAACAGCUGCUUGACAGUACAUUCUAUACUCAUCACUUGGUUCUUAAGGAUAUUUUUCCAUCUAUUCUCUUAUUGGCUCAGAGUUUGUUUCACUCCCAGGACCAGAGGAUAAUUUUGUUUGGAAGUCACCUAUACAAAUAUGCUUUUAAGUUUUUUGACACUUACUGCCAGCAGGAAGUGGUUGGUGCCCUCGUGACCCACAUCUGCAGUGGGAAUGAGGCUGAAGUUGAUACUGCGUUGGAUGUCCUCCUUGAGUUGAUUGUACUAAACCUGUCUGCCAUGAGGCUGAAUGCUGUUUUUGUUAAGGGCAUUUUAGAUUAUCUAGAAAAUAUGUCGCCUCAGCAAAUACGAAAACUCUUCUAUAUUCUCAGCACACUAGCAUUUAGCAAACAUCCUGAAACCAGCAACCACAUCCAGGAUGACAUGCACCUGGUGAUACGAAAGCAGCUGUCUAGCACUGUAUUCAAGUACAAACUCAUUGGGAUUAUUGGUGCCGUCACCAUGGCUGUCAUCAUGGCAGAAGACAGAAGUGUAUCUUCUAAUGCAACCCAAAGGAGAGCCAACCUGAGUAGUGAACAGUGCACACAGGUGACUUCUUUGCUGCAACUGGUUCAUUCCUGUAGUGAGCAGUCUCCUUGGGCCUCUUCUCUUUAUUACGAUGAAUUUGCCAACCUGAUCCAGGAAAAAAGGAUGGCUCCAAAAACCUUGGAAUCGGUUGGGCAGACCAUCUUUAAUGAUUUCCAAGAUGCUUUUGUGGUGGACUUCUGUGCUGUUCCAGAAGGUGAUUUCCCAUUUCCUGUGAAAGCUCUGUAUGGACUGGAAGAAUACAGUACUCAGGAUGGGAUUGCCAUCAACCUCCUGCCAUUAUUCUCUCAGGAAUUCGAAAAAGAUGGGAAUCAAAUGACUCCACAAGAACCAACCCAAAAAUGGAUAUCUCCAUUGUGUUUGGCUCCCCAUUUCCGGUUACUGAGACUUUGUGUGGCAAGUCAACAUAAUGGAAACCUGGAGGAAAUUGAUGGACUUUUAGACUGUCCUCUAUUCCUUACUGACCUGGAACCUGGAGAGAAACUGGAGUCCAUGUCUGCUAAAGAGCGUUCAUUCAUGUGUUCACUUACAUUUCUUACUCUCAACUGGUUCAGAGAGGUUGUGAAUGCCUUCUGCCAGCAAACAUCACCUGAGAUGAAGGGUAAAGUUCUCACUCGGUUAAAGCAUAUUGUAGAGCUUCAGGAUAUCCUGGAGAAGUACUUGGCAGUCACCUCAGACUAUGUUCCUCCCUUUGCAAACUUUGACUUGGAUACUUUAGAUGGAAUACCUCAUAGCACUUCUGCCACUUCAGGGAAGAGCGGAGGCAAAGGAAAGACAGGAGGAAGGAAACAAAAAGCAGAUGGCAACAAAGCAUCCUCCUUGGAUACACUUUCAACAGAAGACAGUACAGAUUGUGACACAGUGCCAUCUGGUAGAAGCCAUCUAGACAAGGAGUUCACAGGGAAGGAAGGAAAGAUGGUGUCACUGCAGAAUUACCGUGCUUUUUUCCGAGAGCUGGACAUUGAGGUCUUCUCUGUUCUACAUUGUGGACUUGUGACCAAACUCAUCUUAGACACUGAAAUGCACACUGAAGCCACAGAGGUUGUACAACUUGGGCCCUCUGAGCUGCUUUUCUUGCUGGAAGAUCUCUCUCAGAAGUUAGAGAAUAUGCUGAUGCCUUCUUUUGCCAAGAGAAUCCCAUUCCUCAAGAAUAAAGGAAGCCAGAAUGUUGGAUUCUCACAUCUUCAUCAGAGAUCUGCCCAAGACAUUGUUCAUUGUGUUGUUCAACUGCUAACCCCAAUGUGUAACCAUCUGGAGAACAUUCACAACUAUUUUCAGUGCUUAGUUGCUGAAAAACACAGUGUAGCUCACAGACCAGGAGUGAAAGCUCAGGAGCACCAUAUAAUGUCUUCCUGUUACCAGAAGCUACUGCAGAUUUUUCAUUCCCUUUUUGCUUGGAAAGGAUUUAUUCAUCAUGCAAACCAUCAUCUUCUACACUCAGCCCUAGAGGUCCUUACCAGCCGACUGAAGCAAAUAGAGCAGGAACAACCAUUGGAGGAACUGGUCAGCCAGAGCUUCAAUUACUUGCAAAAUUUCCAUCACAGCAUUCCCAGUUUCCAGUGUGGUUUUCAUCUUCUCAGACUUUUGAUGGCCCUUCUGGAGAAAUCUACAGCACCUACUCAGAAGAAAAACAAACUUGCUUCCCUGGCCAAACAACUGCUUUGUCGGGCGUGGCCUCGUGGGGAGAAAGAGAAGAAUGCCAUUUUUAAUGACCAGCUCCAUGAUUUGCUUUGCAUCUAUCUGGAGCACACAGACAGUGUUCUGAAGGCUAUAGAGGAGAUCGCUGGCAUUGGUGUCCCAGAACUAGUCAACGCUCCCAAAGAUGCAUCUUCCUCCACGUUCCCAACAUUGACCAGGUACACCUUUGUCAUUUUCUUCCGUGUGAUGAUGGCGGAACUUGAGAAGACAGUGAAAGAUCUUCAGGCUGGCACAGCAACAGACUCACAGCAGGUUCAUGAAGAGAAGCUUCUCUAUUGGAACAUGGCUGUUCGAGACUUCAGUAUCCUCAUCAAUCUGAUGAAAGUAUUUGACAGUUAUCCGGUUCUGCAUACAUGCUUAAAGUAUGGACGGCGCUUUGUGGAAGCGUUUCUGAAACAGUGUAUGCCGCUCCUAGACUUCAGUUUUAGAAAACAUCGGGAAGAUGUUCUGAGCUUGCUGGAAACCCUCCAAUUGAACACAAGACUUCUACAUCACCUUUGUGGGCAUUCCAAGAUUCACCAGGACACAAGACUCACCAAACAUGUGCCUUUACUCAAAAAGUCACUGGAGUUGUUAGUCUGCAGAGUCAAAGCCAUGAUUGUCCUCAACAAUUGUACAGAGGCUUUCUGGAUGGGUAAUCUAAAAAACCGAGAUUUGCAGGGUGAAGAGAUUAUUUCCCAGCAUUCCCCUUCCCAGGAGAGCAGUGCAGAAGACAGUGAGGAUGGCACAGCAUCCCAGGUCUCAAAGAGCAAAGCAACAGAGGAUAGUGACGAAGAUGAAGCAAGUGAUGGAGAAAAGGAGAAAGAUAGUGAUGAAACUGAUGACAGCUCUGAUUGACCCUGGAAUGCUGCUACCCCUUCCCCAUCUCUGGCAGCCUCUUAGCAUUUUCUGUUGAAGGUUUGAAGUCUGUUGUCUGAAGACAACAGGACAGAAGCAUCCUGUUUUGUCCUUGAAGAAAGGCUUUUUAUUUAAUUAACUGGAUUUCACAGAUUGUCUAAUUGCAUCUAGGUCCCUGGCUCAGGAGUCCAGUGUGUAGCAUCUUUCAAUGGUUUGGAUACAUAUGGCAGUGCUACACUGCAAAGUAAACAUCAGGGUCAUGAUUCUGAGAACUACUUUAAAAUUUUUUAUUUGUUCUAGAUUUUAGGCUUAUGCUAACUUUACAAAUAAAUUCUAAGUUUUGCUUCAGCUACCUAUUCUUUUUAGAUGUCUUUCAUUAUUCAAGGGUUAGGUGGAAUCGAGUUGAGGUUUUUGUACUCAGACUGGUGUCAACAUAGUUCUUCUGGCUAAAAUCAUGUCCCCAAUUAUAAGAACUAUUCAUUUGUGAUUAAGAUGAUCUUUGUGAUCUUUCUAGAGGAGUGACUUGACCUUGUCAGAGACCAAAGAAAGUCGGAAAGAAUAUUUUGACUUCCUUUUAAUUUUUAAACAUUUAAUGUUUGUGUUUGUAUUUGUGGGGUCACAUGGGAGCCAUGGUGCACACCUGGAGGUGAGAGAACUUACAAGAGUUGGUUCUUCCAGACCCCUUUUUAACU